AUGAGUGAAGUUCACAACGCCGAGCGUGUAUCUGAUGGAAGACCAGUAAUCGUUAAGCUGCGCUAUCAGGACUUUCGCUCGGAAUGUCGUUCGCUGCAUCACAACCAAAUGUCGGGCGUUCCUGUUUACCUUGGGCAUGAGGAGCUUAUACAAAAGGACGAGCAUUUCCGGUAUCUUCCUGAUGGGUAUCUGAAUGCACUAGUCAUGGACAAGGUGCCGGGUGAGCCGGUCACCUAUUUGAGACUCACUGCGACAGAAGCAGACCUCAUCAAGAAUCAACUAGCCCGGAUGUUUGACAAGAUGCGUCGCAAGGCGUAUGAUGUAGGCGCUCCGAACACUGAACAUGUCUUCUUCGACAGGGAGGCUCAGCAGACGUACGCCUCCGUUGCUGCAUGA